CGUAGGAUAAAAGUCCAUUUUUUCAUUAUAAAUAAAGUGCAUACAAGUAAUCAAUCAGUUCAGUGCUUCGAAAACAAGGUGCUAGAUCAGUCGUGUUACCUAAAUAUAAACAUGUUUGAUAAAAGGAGAUACGCUGUUGUGUUGACAUUCGUUUGCGUGUCAGCGCUCGCAGCGCCACCGUCUCAGACCAAAGUGUAUCGAACGGAUUACACUUACAGCAAACACACUGAUGCCUUCUACAAACUGCAUUCUGAGAUGCGUUCCACGUAUAAAGCCAGGGAGAUAUGUGAAACUGAAGGUGCAAAACUGAUGGUGCCAUUGCAGCAAGAUAUCGUACAACUUCACGGCAUGUUGAAACGGUUCCCCGACCUCGGAGAAUACGUUCUGGUGGAGUCAGAUAGAGAGUCCCACGACCCUGCUGGCAGCAGCGAUGAAGAACCAAUGAUUCAGUUGGAUCCAGAGCCCUACUCUCCAAUGUCAUGCGAAGUGGUAACUCGGAAGGGUGAGAUCGAAUCUACCGGGUGCUGGCGGCAAGCGCCCUUCAUUUGCAAAGUGGACGCGGCCAGUGCGCCCUACGAUGAACAUUGCGGCGCGUAUGGCAAAGAUUACAUACCCGAAAAGAUGGUGGGAAGCUGCUACAAGAUACCAAAAAUCGUUUAUUCCUGGAACGAGGCAUUAGCGGAGUGCGAGGCGGAAGGCGCUCAUCUUGUGGUGCUCAAUUCAAAUGCUGAACAUGAGGUGGUGAAGAACAUAAUGAACACUGCCCUCCCGGUGCGGGGCUCCAAGACAAGCUACUUCUUCUUCGCCGGCAUCCGGGCCAACCACCCCACGGACGGCGCGCCGAGGGUCUUCAGGACUAUCACGAGUACGAUCCUUUUUGUCAUAUUGACCACCAAACCCUCGAAGAAGCCGGCUACUUCCAAUGGAGCGACAACGAACCCAACAACUACGGCAACUCUGAAUACUGCGGCUCGUUGUUCAAGAACGACGGGAAGUAUAACGACCUGGACUGCUCGCACGAGUAUGCCUUCAUAUGCGAGAAAGAAGCACAGAUUAUUUGAAUAAACGUUUUUUUUUCAUUAAAUAUUUUGAUGUA